UUCUCCUGCCAUGGAUAUGUGUAUCCUAGGUAGCUAUAAUGAACAAUCAUCUUAACCUGUUUCAUACUGAUCAUCACGUUGCUCUCUUGAGCUCUGUGGUUCUCAGUGGUUUCCAACUCUCACUUAACCAUUAUGCCUUGUUCCUGUCUGCAGACUCUCUUCAGUAGGUCAGAAGCACUUUAAAAUGCUGAAAGAGUUAGAGGCUGAUUUCUACCUCACAUAUUAAACUGGAAUUCUUGUUAUGGAGGUUUUUCACACCAGGACUCUUCAUCUGAAUCUGUGUGUCAUCAUUACUCUACUGAUCUAUGCAGGUUCUUCCAAAUCCACACAAGAGCAAAAGGUUAUGCAGCACAUCAACAAAACUGUCUCUGUGGGAGAAACAGUUACUCUUCACUGCAACAGAACUCCGAAUGAUGAAGAUUUCACAUGGAAAAUGAACAACUUUAUUAUUUUUCGCCAGGACACAUACAGUAAAAAUAUGAUGACAAACUUCACCUCAGAGAGGAUGUUUGUUGACCCAGAAGUUCCAUGGGAGUUGAAAAUAUAUAAAAUACAAGUGUCUGAUGCAGGCAAUUAUACCUGUUAUCCAGCAGCAAUAAGAUGCAAAUUGACAAUAAUAGAGAAAAUACCAGAGUCACUCAAACAAAUACCCUUGUACAUAGUAGGCUCAUGUUCUGGAGUUAUUAUGUUUUUGACAAUCAGCCUCAGCAUCUGGAUUCACAGGAUCUGGAAAAAUAACACAGAUUCAGGUCAGAGAGAAACAGGACAGGACUUUUCACAGUCACCAAACAGAGGAAUGAUACAGACUCAAAACAGCCACUACUUUGAGAGAUACAACUCAGUGUAUGGACAAAUAUGAAAAAAGAAACCGACGAUUACCAAAAUGAAAGAACUUUCUGGAAUGUAUGUAUUUGUUGAAUUUAUCAUUUGGGGCAUCACCUCAAUUUAUAUUGCUUUGAAAAUCUUGUAUCAAGAUAUGAAGGUAUCUAGGAUUUUUAUAGUAAUAAGAUACAAACAACCUUUUUCAUGUGUUUUUAUUGUAUUUAUUUAUUUUAGACAAAGCAAAUAAAGCUUAGAUAAAUUAUUAGUCUAUGACCAGGGUUUUCAACAUGGGGGUCUGUGGACCCCUGGGGGUCCAUAAGGGUACUGCAGUGGGUAUAUGCAUGGUGUUAUAAAAAAAAUAUACAGAAUAUUUUGUAUUAAAAGUCAAAUUUGUAAAUAUUUCUUAAUUUAUGUAUACUUUAUUUUUAAAAAGUCGGUCCCUGGGUUGACUGAGUUAAGUGGUCCAAGGCCAGGAAAAUGUCAACAAGCCCCUGUCUAACUACAGAUGGAAAUCUGAAUGCAAAAAAUAUGUCAUAUUAACAUCCCUGUCUAACUCUUACUCUCUAACGUUAAAAUCUCUCUCUAAGUUAUGUCUCAGUGUAUGUCCCUAAGGAAACUGUUAGAUUUAGGUCAAGUGUUUUGGCAAUUCACAUUUUUACAGAUGGUUCCAAAGAUCCCAUACCUGGUCACACAGCUGCAACAGUACAUAUUCCCAAAGGUAACACCAGCAUUAUGAAAAGGACCAUAAAUCAUAUCAUAUAUCAUAUAUCUGUCUUUUCAGUAGAAUUUAUAUCAAUUAUGUUGGUCCUUCACUGGGUGGAGGAUGUCCAGCCUUCAAGACAGAUAUAGUAUAUUAAAUUCUAGUUAGUUUUUUUCAGAAUCCACAACAUGCAGUUAGUCUUGUUAUUUCUGUGGGUACCAGCACAUGUGGGAGUGGAGGGCAAUGAAAUUGCUGAACAUUAGCUAAACAAGCACCAAGACAGAUAUUAAUGUUCAGGUACCUUUAAAGGCGAACUCAGUAACUUUUUGUUUGUGUCAUCUUGGACUUACAGUGACACCUAGUGGUGUGGAUGCAGCAUCAUUCAAAAUCAAUAGUUUUCAGUUACAGAUGCCAUUGUAGAAAUUCACUGUCCACAAUCAGCCACGAUUAAUUGAAUCCCAGAGUAGAAGUGUCCAAAAACAAGACAAAAUUAAUUGAGUAGUAUUCAGCUGGUCAUGUGAUUGUAAAAUUGCAGCUCCCAUGAGGGCACCCCUGCCCCAUGUAGAAUAAAACAGCUUUUAUAAGAUUACUAAAGUUACUAGAGUCUUUAUCUCAUGUGAGUGCUCAUGAUUUUAUACAUGGGUUUCAAAAUAUUUUUAUUUUUUUAUUUAGGCAAUAAUCUUUUUUAAUGGGGGAAAACAAAUCACUGAGAGGACCUUUAAGUAAAACAGAAGUCAAAAGUAAAAAGAAACAUAAAAGCAUAUGUUAAUAUGAAGAGGCAAGAGAAACGGGACAGAGAAAUCAAGAACGCAGUAUUCACUAUACAGUAUUUAAAAGCAAGUUGGUACAGGGAGGAUAGGUUAUAUAUACACUUGCAGCCAAAAGUUUGGAAUAAUGUACAGAUUUAGCUGUUUCGGAAGGAAAUUCUGUGUUCGGGGCUGGGGGAAUCCUGGACCCCCCAUAAGAGUUCAGGGACCCUACAUAAGACCAAAGAAAUGAACAUGGGGGGGGUCCCAGCUGUUUCGUACUGGAAUUUACACAAACAGAGUACAUCCUCAUUAUCACCUCACGAUUAGGUAAAAUAUCAUUCUUCUUUGAUUUAUGAUUGCUGAUACACUCAGUUUAUUAACAUUUAAUCAUUAUUAUAUUACGGUAGCAGGGUUAAUUCAUAUCCACGCAGUUAAUAUGCACAUAUAUGCUAGCCUAUAUAGCUCAUUUUUAAAUCUAGUACUCACAGCACAACCAUGUUUUGUUUUGUUUUUUGACAGAAAACAUGGUUUUACUAUAGUUAUAUUGUAGUAACCAUCCAUGUAUGCUGUAAUCAUGACUAUAAUAUUAUCCAUUUGAACCAUGUCUACAGUAAUGUUGUAGUAACCAUGACUGUAAUAAUCAUUUUUGGUGGGAAUGUCGAUACAAUUACCAUAAUUGUACUACAGUAAAAGUGUAGUAUCCAUCUUAAAACAUGGUUUUACUAUAGUAAUAUAGUAAGUAACUGAAGUAACAAUAGUAAAUUUUGUAUCAUAGUGAAC